AUGACAUCCCAGGGUUAUGCAUUACUUUCCCGGUUUGCUGGUUGCUGGAGGCAGAUGUUUAGCGGACGUGCUCUACUGAUCACAAACACUGUGAGCUCAGGAGUAUUUUUGAGUAUUGGGGAUGCCAUCCAGCAGACUUGGGAAGUUAAGAAAAAUUCUGAGAAGCAACAUGACUGGCUAAGGUCAGGUAGGAUGUUUGCAAUCGGUUGUUUGCUUGGUCCUGUGGACCAUUACUGGUUCAUCUGGUUGGAUCGGACGUUCCCAGGUCCUACCAUAAAAGUGGUACUACGAAAGGUCUUGAUAGAGCAAGUCAUUGCCUCACCUAUCCUAUCAACCGUGUUUUUCAUUGGAACGGAUUCCAUGGAAGGAAAAAAAUUGAAAAGUAGCUGGAUGGAAUUUCAGAGCAAGUUUUGGGAGAUGUAUAAGGUUGAAUGGUGCGUGUGGCCACCAGCCCAGAUAAUAAACUUCUACCUGCUUCCUCCAAAGUACAGGGUGUUGUAUGAUAAUAUCAUCAUGCUGGGAUGGGAUGUCUAUCUCUCCUACCUCAAACACAGGAGCCAUAUAGACCCUUAUUGA